CCUUUCCAUCUUCUUCUUCCUCCUCCGCGUCGGAAAAUUCGAGCCCUAGCAUCGUCGCCGGCGGAGCUCGCCGUCCGCGCUCUACAUGCUUAUUUAUCGCGCCGCCGCAUCGUCGUCGAGCGAGUCUCCUGAUCGGGCCCUAUGAGCAGCGCGCAACCGAAGCCGAUCUUGAUCCGGACCGUCUUCUCCACCAACCUCGAGUUCGAGUUCGGAUUGAUCCGAUCCGCCGUCGACCGCUACCCGAUCAUCUCCAUGGACACGGAGUUCCCGGGCACCGUGAUCCGGCCCGGCCCCGGCGGCCGCCCCCUGCCGCCGGAGAGCAACUAUGGCCUCCUCAAGGCGAACGUCGACCGGAUGCACAUGAUCCAGAUCGGGCUUACGCUGUCGGACGGGGAGGGCAACCUGCCCGAUUUCGGCACCAAGUGCGUGUACAUCUGGGAGUUCAAUUUUAGGGAUUUCGACGCGGCGCGCGACCCGCAGGACCCGGACUCCGUGGCCAUGCUCCGGAACCAGGGGAUCAAUUUCGAGAUGAACAGGCUGAUGGGUGCCGACUCGGUCCAGUUUGGCGAGCUGCUGAUGUCGUCGGGGCUCGUCUGCAACGACGAGGUGAGUUGGGUCACGUUCCACUGCGCGUAUGAUUUUGGUUAUUUGGUCAAGACAUUGACGCAGCGAGACUUGCCGGACAGAUUGGAGGAGUUCUUGAAGCUGGUUAGGAUAUAUUUUGGGCCUAAGGUUUUUGAUGUUAAGCAUUUGAUUAGGUUUUGCGAGAAUUUGUAUGGAGGGUUGGAUAGGGUGUGUACAGCGCUUGGGGUGGAGAGGAUUGUAGGGCAGUCGCACCAGGCCGGGUCUGAUAGCUUGUUGACUCUGCACGCUUUUCAUAAGAUUAGAAAAGUUCACUUCAGUGAUGUCGCUCGGCUUGAGAAGUAUGCAAAUGUAUUGCAUGGUCUGGAUGUAUCUUCUAAAUCUUGAGUAGUACAUGUCUUAAUGUUUCUUUAGGUUUUUGUGUUUACACAUUUGGGUUCUAUAAAAUGGCAGAUCAUUUCGUUCAGUUGAAA